GCUUGAAUAAAUUACUCGAGAAAAUUUCACUCAAAUGAACAAAUGUUCGCAGACGACACGCAAUCGAGAAACAGCCAUUUAAAUGUCCGGCACAAAAGCUCAAAAUGCAGUUCGUUUCAGUCCGUAGUCUGCAAUAAUGUCCGCACUCAACUUAGUUUUUUGUGGAAUCAACAUAUUAAAGCCUAAACUAGGCAGCCAUGGAAAUAAGCAGAAAGGGUGGAAAAGUUGUUCGCCAGGCUGCCGGUUUCCAAAGAGGGGAAAGGGAAAGGCAAGGAUCAGUCGGGGUGGAGUUGUUUCUGCGACUAUAGCUCCGUCUUUAAAACCCGAUUUAACUGAAAAUUUUGAUAAAGGAUCGCAAUACUUGGAGGGAAUUGAAGAGCACACGGAUAAAUUUACGUGGAAAGAUCACUGGUAUCCAGUGUCUCUAGUAGAAGAUCUGGACCCUAAAAUUCCCACGCCUUUUCAGCUUUUAGGUCGUGAGAUCGUUCUGUGGCAGGACACACAGGGAAAUUGGAGAGCUUUUGACGAUAAGUGCCCCCACAGAUUGGCUCCUCUUUCGGAAGGUAGAGUGGAUGAGAAUGGAUGGCUGCAAUGCUCCUACCAUGGAUGGUCUUUUAAGGAGGAUGGAUCAUGUGGUCGAAUUCCACAGGCUGCAUCUGAAGGACCAGAGGCUCAAGCGUUGAGGUCCCCUCGAGCUUGUGCAGUUAGCUUUCCUACACUUGUUUCUCAGGGCUUACUGUUUGUAUGGCCUGACGAAAAAGGCUGGGAAAGGUCCUCCAAGACUAAGCCUCCUAUGUUGCCAGAGGCAUUUAGUGAUCCUCGAUUUUCCACAGUAACAAUUCAAAGAGAUUUGUUCUAUGGUUACGAUACACUAAUGGAAAAUGUUUCAGAUCCUUCUCAUAUAGAUUUUGCGCAUCAUAAGGUUACUGGUAAGAGGGACAGAGCAAAGUCGCUGUCUUUCAAGGUUGAAUCCAGUGGGCCAUGGGGAUUUAGUGGUUCGAAUUCAGAGACUCCUAAGAUAACCGGUUUUUUUAUUGCUCCUUGCUAUUAUGUAAAUAAGAUAGAGGUGCCUGUCAAACUUCCAUUGUUGGGGGAACAAACAUGGGAGAUUUGGAUUUGUUCUUUCAAUAUCCCAAUUGCACCUGGUAAAACACGUUCAAUAGUUUGCAGUGCACGUAACUUCUUUCGGUUUACAAUGCCAGGACCUGCAUGGUGGCAGCUGGUGCCAAGGUGGCAUGAACAUUGGACAUCGAAUAAGGUCUACGAUGGAGAUAUGAUUGUGCUUCAAGGACAGGAGAAAUCAUUUUUAGCAAAUGCUAGUCAGGAUGGUUGUGAUGUCAACAAAGAGUAUACAAAGCUUACUUUCACGCCAACACAGGCUGACCGGUUUGUGUUGGCAUUCCGCAAUUGGCUGCGGCUUCAUGGCAAUGGACAACCAGAGUGGCUUGUACCAAUCACUUCAGGACAGCCUCCACCUUCAACUAUAUUGUCUAAACAACAGAUGCUUGACAGGUAUGAACAGCAUACACUUAAAUGCUCAUCUUGUAAAAAUGCAUUUGAAACUUUCCAACUUCUGCAAAAGUUUCUCCUUGGUGCGACUGUAGUCUUUGCAGCAACUGCUGGCAUUCCAUCCGAGUUACAAUUCCGGAUUAUACUGGCUAGUGCAGCAUUUGUAUCUGCCGGGUUAGCUUACAUUCUCAAGGAGCUUGAGCAAAAUUUUAAAUUUAUCGAUUACGUGCAUGCGAAGAUUGAUUAAUUGUUCCAAAUCUUCCAUGCAUAUUCCUUAUACCUAUUAAUUAAAAGGGAAGAGCAAUUAAUGUAUAAUUUUUCGAUACGCUCUGUCCUCUUAGACCAAAGUGUACGUGAUCUUCGUUAUAUAUAGAGCUUGUAGUUUUUUUGA